AUGCAUCACGCUGAUAAAUUAGUCCUCGCCCAUUUGGCCAUAGUCGUUGCAGGCGCCUGCAUUUCUUCUAGAGUCGUCUCUCGCACAAAGUUUGCCGUUCUUGCCCAAGAUGAGCCUGUAAGAACAGCAUGUAGAUAUCUCAAAUUUGCCCUUAUUACCUUCUCUCUAUAUGCCUUGUUCCACACCGUCCUAAUGGUCUCCAAUAUCGCCAAGUUUUAUCUGUCCAGAGACAUGAGUAAUAUGAAAGAGUUUAAAGAGUCGACAUAUUACCCUCUGUAUCAGAUUCUUCGGUUCUGUUCACGGGCCUGCGUACCGAUGUCCCAAAUAUGCGACUUGUGUAUAGAUGCCCUCAUCGCAUUGAUUCUUCCACGUCUAAUUACUGCUAUUAUCAAUGUACAUCUUGGGGGUGUUGGAAUUGCCGCAAAGAGUAUUCGAAUUGCUUCUUACGGCUUGUCUCUCAUUCUGGCCGCUUUGGUCCUCAUUGUCCUCAGCCUUCAGUUUCUCGAUAUCUAUUCGACUUACCACGACGAUUCAGGCGGUCUUUCAUUUGCCGCUUCUUAUCUCGGUUCGGUGGUCCGCAUUAUUUUCAGACGUGUUAUCUUUGCCACGUCCCUUGCCGUUACUUUUGGGUCUGUCAUAGUCAAUAUGCAGACAAGUACCAACACAGAUCUUGCUCGGGCGUCUACGAUGCUUGUAGCUGCUUCGGUAGUCUGGCUCCUACACGCAAGCAUGCUGGCCGGUUGGAUACUCUUCAGUGAGGACCUUCCCGCCUACUUUUUUCAAGCCGCUUUCGGUAUGUGGCUACAGUUUGUGAUUUUAAUAAUUUUUUGUAUCAUAUGGUUUCCAGAAGCCAAUGGGAUCUGGUCCAGACAACAGGAUCCUUUGACACAUGCUCAGAAGGACCAGUAG